ACGGAUAUGAACAGUGGGAAUGUGGGAUAUGUAAUUUUGAAUACUGUCCCUUUCAUGUUAUGAAAAGAGGGUUAUAUAUGAUUAACAUAUUUUCAAGUUUUUCACAUUUUGUUAUGUAACUUGAGUCUUCUCUUUGUUUUCCUUCUUGGUAAUCAUGUUACCAAAGUCUAUCUUUGUAUCAUUGAUCAUGGGAUUUGCGGCUCAUAUAUAUGUAUAUAUAUAUUUUUUUUUCUUUUGUAAUUUUAUCUUUGGAGUCAAAUUCCAUACUCAUUUCCACACAAGCAAUCGGAUGGCGUCUAAGCAUUAUUAUUAUUCAAUUUUAAUUGUGUUGACUCUAUUUGAAAACAACUUUCGGCUAUUGGAUGGUGUCCACGCGAAAUGUAAUAUGUUAAUGACCAAGUCUUCAAAAUGGCAGCAUAUUUGCAUUAAACUUUGUUUUCUUUUUGUAAGUGGAUAAAGAUAAUUCUCUAUGUGGUGAUGAGGUGAUCAUACGUAUCAAAUUGUAUAUAUCUCCCAACACCAUGGCAAGAGUCAUUAAUUAUUAGUCGACCCUUGGUCCUUACUCCUUAGUGAUGCUCAAGAGUUUAGUUAAUUAAAUACAACCGUCACUUACAUACAUAAUUCGAGUAUUUUUAUUGAUUACAAGUGGAAAAUCUAGUGUAGAGUUUCCUCAAACAUUCUCCAUAUAUAAAUACUGAUGAUUUGGCCCAUGCAGAUAUUCAUAACACUCACCUUCAUUCCUCUAAAAUCUUCUCUACUUAUUAUUCUCUUGUAGAAGAAAUAAGAUUCUUGAUUUGACUAGAAAGUUUCAAGAAAUGGGUAUCGUGAGGAACCUUUGUUCUCUUAAAUUUGAAGUUAAAGUCGUGGAAGCGAGAAACGUAGAGCUCAAGUCAUCACCAAGCUCUCUCUUCGUUAGAUUCUAUCUCCAUGCAGGAAGUAACCGUAAGGUUGAACUAAACUCUACAGAGAUCUGUUCAAGACCAGACAACGAGGUCAUGAUAUGGAACCAAUCAUUCGGUCUGGAGUGCCAAGGGGACGAAACCGCCGUCGAGGAACUGAAGCAAGAAAGCGUCGUUUUCGAGCUGCGAAGAAGGAAAACGACAUCGUUUAUGAGUAAAUGGUCGAGAUCAGAGUUGGUGGGUAGAGGAGAGGUUCCUUGGAAAUCGGUUAUGGAGUCGGAUGAUGGGAUGGAAAUAGAGAGAUUUGUAGUGAUGUGUGAGAAGAAAGAUGAAGAAGAUUGUAAUAAGCCUCUUAUGUUGAAGAUAGGUUUGAAACUCCAAGCUUCAAAGUUGGUGAACACUAAGAGAGUUGAAGAUCUUUGUGGGUGUAAAGAUUGUAAGACAUGUGAUUGCUUAGAUUAUGAAGCUUUUGCUGUGGCAUGUGCGUUAGAUGGAAUCUAGUUUGUAAUAAAUAAGAUCUAAUUCAAACUAAUUCGAAUGAGUCGUUAUAAAAACGAUAAAUAAUA